CUUUUGUCUCUCUCCCUCUCAAGGAAGGGGUUCCAAUUGUUGUUGCAUUUUCCGGUAGGAAUGUAUUGAAGAAAGAGAGGGACGUUAUAAAAUGGCUAGUAGCGGAAAGGGGGAGAAGAUAUUGGUUUCGGUAAGGGUAAGACCGCAGAACGAGAAGGAGAAGGCGAGGAAUGAUAUAUGCGAUUGGGAAUGUGUAAACAACACAACAAUAAUAUGCAACAAUAAUUUGCCUGAGAGAUCUCUCUUCCCCUCCACAUAUACAUUUGAUAAAGUGUUUGGAUUCAGUUCCCCCACGAAACAAGUCUAUGAAGAUGGAGCCAAGGAGGUUGCUCUUUGUGUUCUCGAUGGAAUCAAUUCAAGCAUUUUCGCAUAUGGACAGACAAGUAGUGGGAAGACAUACACAAUGAGUGGCAUCACUGAAUUUGCAAUGGAUGACAUUUUUUGUUACAUUCAAAAGCAUACAGAACGUGAAUUCACUCUCAAAUUCUCUGCAAUCGAGAUCUACAAUGAAGCUGUAAGGGAUCUCCUAAGUGGGGAUAAUAAUCCACUGAGGCUUCUCGAUGAUCCAGAGAGAGGAACCGUCGUUGAGAAACUUAUUGAGGAGACCAUCCAAGACAGAACACAUCUAGAGGAACUUCUUACAGUCUGUGAGACUCAGAGGAAGAUUGGAGAAACUUCUUUGAAUGAAACAAGCUCAAGAUCACAUCAAAUACUCCGGCUGACAAUAGAAAGCACUGGUCGAGAAUAUUCUCCUGACAACUCCAGCACUCUUGCAGCGUCUGUGUGCUUCGUUGAUCUGGCUGGAAGUGAACGUGCCUCUCAGACUUUAUCUGCUGGUACAAGAUUGAAAGAAGGUUGUCAUAUAAACAGGAGUUUACUUACUCUUGGAACAGUCAUCCGCAAACUAAGUAAAGGUAAAAACGGGCACAUACCGUUUCGAGACUCAAAGCUUACUCGGAUCCUUCAGAACUCUUUGGGAGGAAAUGCGAGAACAGCUAUCAUAUGCACAAUGAGCCCUGCACGUAGUCAUGUUGAACAGUCGAGAAACACCCUUCUCUUUGCAAUCUGCGCUAAAGAGGUGACAACAAAUGCUCAGGUCAAUCUAGUUGUAUCUGAGAAGGCUUUGGUGAGGCAAUUGCAAAAAGAACUGGCUCGAAUGGAGAAUGAGUUGAAGAAUCUAGGAUCUGCUUCUGGAGACUCUGACUUCUACUCUUUGCUGAAACAGAAAGAGGAAGUGAUUGCAAAAAUGGAGGAACAAAUGAAAGAAUUAAAAUGGCAACGUGAUGUAGCUCAAUCCCAGGUGGAGAAUUUACUUAAAUCAUCAGCAGAAGAGCGGUCUUCUAGGAUGGAUGAACAAUCCAUGUUUAGCUCCAUGGAUUUUGAUGCUGAUCUCCGAAGAAGAAGCUAUGAUUUAACAGAUCUUGGAGAACCUAGUAUCAUCAAUAACUUAACCAAGAGGAACUUUGAGUUUUUGGAAAAUACUGAAGAUGAUUUCCUGCUUGAUGAUAAUACGCCUCAAUUUCCGAGACAUAACAUGUACGAUGGCUGGGAGGAGAUGGUUCAAAUAACUGACGAGAAACUGGAAGAUGUGUGCAAAGAAGUUAGAUGCAUUGAACCUGAAGCUGAGCUGAGUAGUGGACAACCAUCAGCAGUCAAAAGCCAUGUCUCAUUAGACGACAUAGUUGAUAAGAAAGCUAUCUCUGAAGUUCUCUCACCUAGGAAGGAAGAAACAUUACCAACUCUAGAUUACGGAGAAAGCUAUAACUCUAUGGGUAAUGAGAAAGCCGAGAAUGAAGACGUGGAAAGUAGCACACCUACAGAAAAGGAAGAACCCUUAUCAGCUCUGGAACAAAGCUAUAACUCUUCUACGGGUAAUGAGAAAGCUGAGAAUGAAGACAUGGAUAUAAGCACACCUCCAGAGAAGGAAGAAACUAUAUCAGCUCUGGGAUACGAACAAAGCUAUAACUCUUCUAUGGGUAAUGAGAAAGAAAAGAAUGAAGACGUGGAAAUUAGCACACCUACAGAAAUGGAAGAACCUUUAUCAGCUCUGGAAUACGAACGAAGCUAUAACUCUUCUAUGGGUAAUGAGAAAGCAGAGGAUGAAGACAUGAAAAUUAGCACAUCUGCAGGAAAGGAAAAUGUUGACUUAUCCUUGAUAACUAUAGAUGUAGAGUUGUGUCUAGACGCUAAGCCUGAGACAUAUGAGUUAAAUAUAAAGAACUCGGAUUUGGAGAUGGACUCAUCAGUUGAAGCUCAAGAAUCACAAGAAUUGGUAAAAGAAGACGAACAAAUGAAGAAAGCAGAAAGGGAAAUGAGUCCUUCCACAACGCAAGCUGAGCAGUGCUCAAAUAAAGAAGAAAAUGCUCUGUCAGAACAACAAUCAAAGGAAGACUGUGAAUUGAAUUCACUCCCUACGAAGAAGCAAUCAGAAGAGACAGUCGAAGUGGAGUUAACACCCGAUGAUGCUAAGUUAGAUGAGGAUGUGACAUCUGGAGAUAAGUGGGAGAGAGAACUGCAUCAAGACACCAACAGAGAUUACAACGAAUCAUCUGUCUGCAAAAAUAUUGGGACAGAUGAUAUUGACAACAACACGUCUUAUAUGGCUUUGAAAGAAAAAGUUAAGGAGAUGCAGAAGAAGAUUGAAUACCUUAUGAGCAUGCACACAGCAGAACAACAACAGUCACCAUCCUUUAGAAGAGAACUUAGGAGUCCAGAAUAUUUUACUACCAAAAGAAGCCGAAGUUGCAGAGAGAAUCUCUUGAGUGUUAGGUCUCCUCAUUGGUUUGAGAAUUUGGAAGUUAAUAAUAACACAUCACCUACCUGGAGGAUGAUGGAGCUAAAAGCGUCUCCUGGAAGACCAAUAAGCAAGACUUCCAACACUUCGAGCGUUUCCUUUGAUUCAGGGAGUUCAACCUCCAUUGAUGCGCGUAGCCUGAAAGACUAUGAUCCUGAGACAGGCAAUAGCUUCCAUGAAUUUGUAGCAGGGCUUGAAGAAAUGGCAAAGCAGCACCACUCAAUUGACUCAACACCGGAUCUAGAUUUUGGGAUUUCAUAUGCCCCCACAAGAACCCAAAAUAUGGAGAUCAGACCGGAAAGCCCUACAUAUAGCAUUAGAGGAAACAAGAAUGCAUUGCCACAUCCUCAGGAUAUAAAUGAGGGAACCACAGAUGCCACCAAUAAUCAAUCAGAGAGAGAGCAGGCUGAUGAUUUGGUUGAAGAAGAAAAACCUAAGGAAACAGAUUUUACAGCGGCUUCCCUGGAGAAACUACAGAUAGCAUCUAAUGGACAACAUUCAACCAAUUCUUCAGACUUCGAGAGACAACGAAGGCAAAUAAUUGAGCUUUGGGGAGUGUGCAAUGUACCAUUGGUUCAUAGAACCUACUUCUUCUUGCUCUUCAAAGGCGAUCCUUCUGACUAUGUUUAUAUGGAAGUUGAACUUAGAAGGCUCUCUUUUCUGAAGCAGACGAUGUCUAAUGACAUGGAAGCAUCAAGGAUACAAACAGUGAAGGCGCUCACACGCGAAAAGGAAUGGCUUUCCAAACAAAUACCAAAGAAGUUUCCAUGGAGCCAAAGAAUAGAACUUUACCAAAAAUGGGGUGUGGAGGUGAACUCAAAGCAGAGAAGCCUGCAGGUGGCGAACAAAUUGUGGACCAACACCCAAGACAUGGAACACAUAAAAGAGAGUGCUUCUCUUGUGGCUAAGCUGCUUGGAUUUGUUGAGCCAAGUCGAAUGCCAAAGGAAAUGUUUGGCCUCAGCUUGUUACCUAGAACCGAGAACGUAAAAACAUCUGGCUGGAGAUUUACCAAAUCCUUCUCUAGAGCACGUUUGACCUGAUGAUAAGUAGCACACGUUUAUUCUACAUAAAC